UCGCGAGACGUAGCUCUGAGGGCGCGCCGGUGGGCGGCAGAGAGCGGAGAGCGCUGGGCGGCGGUGGCAGGGAUGGGGCCCUGGCACACGGGCUGCUGAGCGUCGGGCGACUGUGGCGACCGCGCACCGAGCGCUCGGCGCAGUGACCGGCCCGGGGGCCUGAUCCGCCUGUGCGGCCGCUGCUGCGGAGACGGAACAGGCCGCGCGCGCGCGAGUCCCGGAGCCGCAGAAAUGAGCUGCACAAUUGAGAAGGCGCUUGCUGAUGCUAAAGCCCUGGUGGAAAGAUUGAGAGAUCAUGAUGAUGCCGCCGAGUCUCUCAUUGAGCAGACCACAGCUCUCAACAAGCGAGUGGAAGCUAUGAAGCAGUAUCAGGAAGAAAUUCAAGAACUUAAUGAAGUUGCAAGACACCGGCCUCGGUCCACACUAGUCAUGGGGAUCCAGCAAGAAAACCGACAGAUCAGAGACUUGCAGCAGGAGAACAAAGAGCUGCGCACAUCCUUGGAAGAACACCAGUCCGCCUUGGAGCUGAUCAUGAGCAAGUACCGAGAGCAAGUGUUUAGACUGCUCAUGGCUAGCAAGAAAGACGACCAGGGUGUGAUAAUGACGUUGAGAGAACAGCACUCCAAGAUUGACAUGGUGCAUCGUAACAGCAGCGAAGGAUUCUCCCUUGAUGCAUCUCGACACACCCUUGAAGCACCUCAGCAUGGACUGGAGAGGAGACACUUGGAAGCAAAUCAGAAUGAGUUGCAAGCACAUGUUGACCAGAUAACGGAAAUGGCAGCAGUAAUGAAGAAGGCCAUUGAAAUUGACGAGCAGCAGGGUUGUAAGGAGCAGGAGCGGAUAGUUCAGCUUGAACAAGAAAACAAAGGCUUGAGAGAGAUCCUUCAAAUAACUAGAGAGUCAUUUCUGAACCUUCGGAAGGAUGAUGCGUCAGAAAGUACGUCUUUGUCAGCCUUGGUGACCAGUAGUGACCUGAGUCUGAGGAAGAGCUGAGAGGCUUCCGGUCCGGAGUGCCUGUGUGGCUCCUCCGUGCGGUCGGUCUCCUGAACCGCCCAGAAGAGAAUGGAGACAACGCAGAACUCGGCGUUAGCCAACCCUGUUUUCCUCUAGUGUGUGCAAGUGCACUGGCCAAUAGCAACAGAGAGUGCAUGGUCGUGGCCGAGACCUGUACUCCAAACAUGUCAGGAAAGUGGAGAGUGAGUAACUGAGCAGUGAAAGACGUUCUCAGUGACUGCUGGGCACAGCGAAGCUUUCAGCCGGGCUAUGGGCUUUUGGAUGACACAUAGAUAACCUGAGUACUCCCAGUGUGUGUUUGGGAAUUCUAGAAUUAUCCCAAUUUUAAAUGUAAGUUUCACCAUGGUUUUGUGAAUGGAAGCUCUUCGCUCUAAAUUGUGUCCUUCUGUUUGGUGUCAGUUAACAAAGCUUGUGUGCCACGAGGCUUCAGCUUUAGUGCCUGCCUGCUUUCCCUUACGUUCAAGUUCUUUGUCAAAGGCAAUAGGAAUGUGUUAUGCGCACCACAAGCAGAUGGCAGUUACUACAGCUAAUGCCCCGGCUCGUAUUUAGCUCAGUUAUCAAUGGCUGGCCUGUGUUUGAAAUACCAUUUCAGGAAUGAAAGAGAAGGAAUAUUACUUUCUAAGAAAGACAGUCUUAUAGUAGACACAUUGAGUAGGUUAAACUACUUUGAAAGAAUAAGUUUAAGUUCUCAGUUAAUAAUGAAAAUAAGUUUUUCCUCCCCUCUGGUUGAUGUCGAAGAAUAUACGGUUCACUUAGCUGACAGUUGAAAUCUUCAGUGCAACAAGAUAGGCAUGGUCAUCCCAAAAGUAAAUUUGGAAUCCUUCUGUUUUUAUGUAAGAAAUUACUCUUGCAAUACAUGAAAAAAUAGAUCCAAAUUUAAAAAAUGUUCUGGGUUUCUUCAGCCCAUUUGGUUCUAUCACUGUAAGAUUUCCUUACAGUCUUUCAUUUGGAAAGGGGGGAGGGGUAAAAAAUCUGUGGAGCCACAAAACUUUCUUUUGUAUUUAAGAAAUAUCUUUAUAGCCGGGCGUGGUGGCACACGCCUUUAAUCCCUGCAUUCAAGAGGCAGAGGCAGGUGGACCUCUGUGAGUUCAAGGCCAGCCUGAUCUACAUAGCGAGUUCCAGGACAGCUGGGGCUACAAGGAGACCCUGCUUCAAAAAGACAAAAAAAAAAAAGAAAUAUCUUUAUAGUAUGUAAAUUUUUUAAAGCCACAGACACAGAAAUGCUCUUUGACACCCACGGAACCUCCGUUCUUCUUAUUUCGUAGUGAUGAGAAUAAAAGGAUAAGAAUCAAAUAUGACCAAAUACACUUGUUAUUAACUAUGUGUUAGAAUGAGCACAGAUAGGAAAAGUUCUACUUUUCAGUAUAUAAUUUGUUAGAAAUCAUUACUUUGCACUGUAAUUUUUAUGUAUAAUUUCAUAUAUUGGUAAAAUUCAAACUACUUUUCACUUCAGAAGUUUUUUGGCUUGAAUUUGGGAUGAAUGGGUGGGAACAGAGCUGCUUGGGAAAGGACCGCUGGCCCGGACGUUAAACAGCACUCAUUCAGAGGCCUUAAUAGUCUGUCAGUGAGUGAGCUUGCUUUUAAGAUUUCUUUAUUGGUUCUUUGGAGAGUAUCCCUUAAUUUAAUGUCACAUUCAUUCAUAUAGUUUUAUCCCAUGUAAGAAUUUAAAUUUUUAAAAAAACAAACUCCACAGCUGACGUAAGGCUGAGGCAGUUCGUUGAGCCAGCUCUAUUACAAAACAUUGCUUGAUAAAUGAUUAUUUUUAUAAAAGAUAAUUUAUCAUUCGUCUUUAUUGAAUAUAAUUUUAAGGUCAUUAAAGCUAUUUACUUUGUUUUUAGCAUCAGUUUUCUAUCCCUGGUUUUUUUUUCCCCCAAACAGAACUUUAAGCUUAUCUCUGCAUGUGUACCGAGAAGGGACCUGUGUUGUCAGUAAAGAUGAGAGCUG